AUGGACACUAAGGAUUCACAGGAAUUCCUUUUGUGGGCCGCGGGUUUCUUGAAGCCUUGGUUUGUCUCGGAUCUUGCGUGGAGUAAUGAUCUCAUUGGCAAACUUGGUUCCAAUGCGCUACCCCUUGCCUUAGCCCAUGUGGGUGCCACGGUGCGCAAUGGCUUUUCCACCCCAGAAGACUAUCUGGCGCUCUUGGAAGAGCAACAGACAAGGGAAACACAAGCAGAUCCUUCGCAAGAUUUACAAAGGUUGGCCUUUGAAGUGGCUAUCGCAAAAAUUCGAAAACAAAAAGAUCAGCCAUCCAAGGAUGCACACAAACUCCUCAACGCUUUCGCCUUUUUCCCCAAUAGACACAUGUCUUUGGAGACAGCAACAAAAGCAAUCAUCACAUCCAGGACUAUUGGCGGGGAGCAGCGACGGAGAUACCACAAGAGAUAUCCCACAUCAAAACUCAUCAGACGGAAUGGGAAAGCCUACAACACUUCUCAAUCUACAUCUCGUCGGCAAAGCUCGGAUUCUGUUGCCCUUUCACGAGUUCACUGGGCGAUCAUGGAGCUCCUCGAUAUUUCCGCGGUUAUAUAUCGCCCACCAAGUGGUACAUACUCGAUGGAAGCUGUCUUGAAAAGCUGGAUCGCAGACAGCCUAGGUCAAUCUGAGCGCGAAGUUUGGAAAAACUUAGCUGACAUGAUAGCCCCGCAAAAGGCGUCCAAAGAAUCCCUUUGA